AUGGUUAGGAGACAAGAAGCCAGAGCAUCGGCCCCAGAGCCUCGCAUGCGCAUCCGCGGGCUCUUACCAUACUUGUUUCUCGGCGACCACCCUCCAGGGCUACUCAACUCUUUGGCCGAUGUGCCUGGCAUUGCAGUCUCGACUCAAGAGAUUACAUCUGCAGACGAAAGCAUCAAUACUGGAGUUACAUGUAUCGUUCCACGAGAAGACUGGUUCCAUAAAGCUUGCUAUGCCGGUAUCUUCAGCUUCAAUGGUUAUGGCGAGAUGACUGGAGCCCACGAAAUCACCGAGAAUGGGUUGUUGUGUUCGCCUAUCAUAUUGACUGGAACAUUUGGCAUCGGCGCUGCUCAUCAAGAAAUCCUCGAGUACGGUGUCAAAACCUUUGGCAAAUCAUUCAUGGCGUUGCCUGUGGUUGCAGAAACAUACGAUGGCUAUCUGCAUGACUGUCCUUCCUUUGCAGUAAAACCUAAGCAUGUGAUCGAGGGGUUGCAGGAUGCAACGACAAAUAUGGCAAUCAAAGAGGGCAACUCAGGAGGUGGAAAUGGUAUGAUCUGCCAUGGUUUCAAGGGCGGCAAUGGAUCGUCGAGUCGACACGUCAAGAUCCCAUACCGAGAUGAGACUUUCACGGUUGCUUGCAUGGUUCAAGCGAACUAUGGAGCCAUGAAAGACCUACGUAUUGCAGGCGUACCCGUCGGUCGAAUUCUGGCCGAGGAAGCUCAGAAAGAUGAACGAAAGAAGAAGGCAAAGGAAGCGUUGGAGAAGGCCAAAGAGGAGAAAGACGGCAGUAUCAUUAUCAUCAUCGCUACAGAUGCGCCAUUGCUGCCACAUCAACUCACUCGCAUAGCCAAGCGCGCCACCGUUGGUCUAUCUCGAGUCGGUGGUAUCGGACACAAUAUGUCUGGCGAUGUCUUUCUCGCCUUCUCGACUGCCAACGAGAUUCUUGUCAACCAGCCGAGACCCGUGGAGGGCGAAAGCAGAUCAACGAUCGAAAAGGUCAAGGUGGUGGAAGANUUGGCAAUGUCCUCGCUGUUCGAAGGUACUGCAGACUGUGUGGAAGAAGCAAUCUACAACUCUUUGUUCAUGGCAGAGACGAUGGUGGGAUUUGAGGGACACAAGGUAGAGGCACUGCCUCUGAAGAGAGUCAAAGAGAUCAUGGAGGAGUAUGGCAGAGCACAAAUAAAUUAA